AUGGAAAAGUUCCUUCUAACCGUAAACUGUUUUUUACUGGCCUUUGGAACCACCGGCGGUCCUUUAAUCAUGCGCCUCUAUUUCAUCCAUGGAGGUGAAAGAGUAUGGCUGUCGGCCUGGCUGGAAACCGGAGGUUGGCCUAUUAUAAUCAUCCCUCUCAUGAUUGCGUACUUUCAUCGCCGGAAAAAUCAAGAGUCCAAUGCAAAAUUGAUCUACAUUACGCCUAAAAUAUUCAUUUCCUUCGUCGUGAUUGGAGUGCUAACUGGAGUUGAUGAUUUCUUGUACGCCCAUGGUGUUGCAAAACUGCCUGUCUCAACUUAUUCUCUUCUCAUUGCCACCCAGCUUGCUUUCACUGCAUUUUUUGCUUUUAUUCUCGUUAGGCAGAAAUUCACGCCUUAUUCGAUCAAUGCGGUUGCUAUGUUGACGCUUGGAGCAGGGGUAUUGGCAAUGCAUACUAGUAGUGAUCGGCCAGAGGGCGUAACAAAGAGGGAGUAUUAUGUGGGAUUUUUUAUGACUCUUGGGGCCUCGGCUUUGUAUGGAUUCGUUUUGCCUUUGAUAGAGCUGACUUAUAUGAAGGCAAAGAAUGCUAUUACUUACACGCUUGUUCUGGAGAUUCAGUUGGUCAUGUGUUUCUUUGCUACUGCUUUCUGCACUGCUGGGAUGCUCGUAAAUAAAGAUUUCCAGGCGAUUUCAAGGGAGGCAAAGACUUACGAACUGGGAGAAGUAACAUUCUACGUGGUGCUAGUUUGGACUGCCAUAAGUUGGCAAUGCUUUUUCUUAGGAGCUAUUGGACUCAUCUUCUCUGCAUCAUCUUUGCUAUCCGGAAUUAUAAUUGCAGUUAUGCUUCCUCUGACAGAAAUCUUGGCUGUUAUUUUCUACCACGAAAGUUUUAAGGUAGAAAAGGCUUUAGCUCUUGUCCUCUCUCUUUGGGGCUUUGUUUCCUAUUUCUAUGGUGAGAUCAAACACAACAAGAAGAAGAGCUCAGCUAAAGAUCAAACAGAUAUUGCUGAAUUUGUUGCUCCAUAA